AUCCCCAGGGUGGGGCAUGGUUGGUCCCUGGCAGGUUCAGGCAGGCAGAGGGCCCCAUAGCUGCAUGAGAGCUGAGGUUCCUUCCCUCUUCCUGCCUCUACACACCCUCCACCCCGCCACACAGCUGAUGAAGUGCCUGCAGAGGAUCAUGAGAGCAGAAGAAGCCUCGGGCUGCCAGGUGCCCCACCGGCCCUGGGUGUCCAUCCGGAGGGUGGCUUUGUUGCUGAUUCUCCUUGGCAUGGUGAUAGGCUGCCUCGUCUGCAGUGUGCGCCUCACCCGAAAGCAGCAGGUGGAUUCAACUGGGUGGGACUUAGCGGAGCUGCAGCUGAAUCGCACAGGAUCGCGGCAGGACCCCAGGCUGCGCUGGCAGGGAAGCCCAGCCCUGGGCCGCUCCUUCGUGCAUGGGCCAGAGCUGGACAACGGGCAGCUGCGUAUCCAACGUGAUGGCAUUUAUAGGCUGCACAUCCAGGUGACCUUAGCCAACUGCUCUUCCUCUACGUGGACCGCCAAGCCCCUUAGCGCCACCCUGAGCGUGGCCAUCUGCUUCCCCACAGCCCACAGCAUCAGCCUGCUACGCCUCAACUUUCACCAAAGCUGCUCUGUCGCCUCCCAGCGCCUUACCUUCUUAGCCCACGGGGACAUUCUCUGCACUAACCUUACUCCGCCUCUGCUGCCCUCCAGAAACGCUGAUGAGACUUUUUUUGGGAUUCAGUGGGUGUGCCCUUGACUUGCACCAUUGCACUUCCUGGCCCAGAUUUGUUGAGAAGUUUUUUCUUUGUUUUAUCGUCAAUUUAUUCGUAAGUAUUUUAUUAUUUUAUUAUUGUAUUGUAUCCAAAGGUUGUAUUUCUCUUCCUGAGAAUGCAUUGGCUUUUUUUUUUAACUUUUUUAUUAUUUUUUCUUUUUUUGGUCGCAUCAUGUGGCAUGUGGGAUCUUAGUUCCCCAAGCAGGGAAUGAACCCACACCCACCUGAAGGGCAGAGUCCUAACCACUGAACCACUGUGAGAUUGCAUUGUUAAUGCACAGAAACGUGAUUGAUGUUUCUAUAUUGAUUUGGGGUGUGUGUGUGCUGUUUUUCUGUUUGUUUCUUUGUUUCACUUUACAGAAUCUGUUUAUUAGAUCCAACAGUUUUUGGUUAAAGUAUUUUUUAAAAACUCUUCUAAAAAUAAAAACAAUUUUAUUUCUUCCUUUCCA